GUCUUGUUCUUGCUCACACAGGAGAUAAGUCCCUCAGGUUAGUGUGAAUUUCAACCAUGUCUGCAGACAACAAAGCCGUCCCUAUGGAUGCCGACCAUGACGAGACCGUUCCUAGCAAUGGCAGGAAGGACACUGCCAUAGACCAACAUGCCCUCAGCCACGAGGCUCAACAAGGUGCCAAUUCCGAACACACCAUGAGUCUCAUGAAAGCCAUCAAAUUGUAUCCCAAGGCUAUCGCAUGGUCGAUCCUUCUCUCCUCGACGUUGAUCAUGGAAGGAUAUGAUCUCGCAUUGCUUGGAAGUCUGUACGCCUCUCCAGAGUUCAACAAGAAAUACGGCACCUACAGUGUGGACAAAGAGAAAUGGCAAAUAUCUGCGGCCUGGCAGUCUGGAUUAUCAAACGGUGCUCGGGCGGGAGAAAUCUUUGGUCUCAUCAUCGCCGGUUGGGUGUCCGACAGAUAUGGGUACAAGAUGACAACCAUCGGAUCGCUUAUCUUCAUGAUAUGCUUUAUAUUCAUUCUUGUUUUCGCUCCCAACUUAAAAGUCCUCGUUGUUGGAGAGAUACUCUGCGGGAUGCCCUGGGGUGCUUUCCAGUCCGUAACACCCGCUUACGCCUCAGAGGUUGCACCAACGGUACUCAGACCUUAUCUUACCACCUUCAUCAAUAUGUGCUGGGUGAUUGGCCAAUUUUUUGCGGCUGCUGUUAAUCGCAGCUCUGUGAACCGGACAGAUGAGUGGGCAUAUCGUCUCCCAUUCACGAUCCAGUUCCUGUGGCCCGCCCUGAUCAUCGGAGGUGUUGUAUUUGCCCCUGAAUCCCCGUGGUGGCAUGUUCGCCAUGGCAAUCGAGCCGCCGCAAAAAAGUCCUUGCUUAGACUUACCUCCCGCAAUGAGCCGAAUUUUAAUGCCGAUGAGACCAUUGCUCUGAUCGAGCACACCAACGAGAUGGAAAAGUCCAUGAGCGAAGGCGUAACGUAUCGAGACUGCUUCAAGGGUGUAGAUCUUAGAAGAACCGAGAUCGUGGUAGGCAUCUGGUUGGUACAAACUCUGGGUGGUCAAAACCUGAUGGGAUACUUUGCCUAUUUUCUUACUCAAGCUGGGAUGGACCCAACCAAUUCUUUCUCGUUGUCUAUGGGACAAUAUGCCCUCGGUAUCAUCGGAACUGCGGGUUCUUGGUUCUUGAUGAGCAAACUUGGGAGACGGACGAUCCAUUUUAGUGGCCUCUGCGCACAAUUCACGCUCUUGAUCAUCGUGGGAUGUCUGUCCUUUGCAACAUCGAACAAUGCAACCUGGGCGAUUGGUGCAAUGCUGGUAGUCUUCACAUUCGUGUAUGACUUCACUGUUGGACCAGUGACCUACUCCCUGGUUUCGGAACUGUCUUCAACCCGGUUGAAGGCGAAGACAAUCGUACUUGCUCGAGCAGCUUACAACGCCAGUAACAUCUUUGUGAACGUCAUGACGAACUAUCAACUGAGUUCGACAGCCUGGGACUGGAGCUCACGUGCCGCUUUCUUCUGGGCAGGAAGCUGUCUCCUCUCAGCAGUCUGGGUAUUCUUCCGUCUUCCAGAACCCAAGGGACGAACAUACGCGGAACUUGACAUUCUAUUCGAAAGACGUAUCUCUGCCCGCAAAUUCGCAUCGACCAAGAUUGACCCUUAUACUGAGUAUACAACGCCAGAGAAGAGGCUGUCCAUGGGUACAGAGGAGCUAGAUGUUGUCCUAGACAAGCACUGAAGGACUGCCUCUGGGGUUGUGGCAGAAUCGAAGUACAGAAGAAUAAAUUGCGGCCUGAAACGAUAUGCCUUUACAUCUGUUGUCAAGUCUUCUUCUGGUCGAAAUCCAUAAAAAGUUGCUUGCUUGCAGGCAAGUGUAUGUGGCGAGAAAUUGGUGCCACCAUGCUAGGAAGCAUUUGAUCAACCUUAGUUACCAAUAGAGGCAGAUAUUUGUCAGAACCUCCGGGUAAUUUUGCGAUCAGUGAGAAGAAGUGUUUCAAGUUGUCUUCAGGUCCGAUUUCAAAUCCGUUGGACUUGACAUCUUCCAUAGGUAUGCAGGAGAUGACAUCAAUAAGCGUACAAGUAAUGUCGAAUACCUUCUCCGUCAA